AUGACGGUGAACGGCAUCUAUACCAAGCUGGUCGGGCAAGUAAUCAGUAUAACGGGACGGAGUCUGGCGCUUGCUGAAAUAAUCGGGACUGGCUCGUAUGCUGCUGUAUUCGCUGCUUUGGACGCUGAUGGUGAACAUUAUGCAGUGAAGGCAGUCUUCAAGCCCAACCUGAACCGGUCGCAGAUACUCGCGCAGAGAGCUGAAGUGCUCAUGAUGAGGGAGUUGAGCGAUUCAGAUAAUGUAGCUGUGGUGUUCUCGUCGAGGGAGACUAGUCAGUUUAUUUUUGUUGUGCUCGAGUUGUAUGAGAGGGAUUUGUUUGAUUACAUUGAAAGUGGUGCAAACGUAUCCAUCGCUACCACCAAACGGAUUUUUGGACAGAUGUGUGAAGCCGUUCUUUACUGCCACAGCCAUAACAUAUACCACCGAGACCUCAAACCAGAAAACAUCCUACUAGCCGCGGACGACCAAGGCAAGCUAAAUGUCAAACUAACUGAUUUCGGACUGGCGACACGGGAACGACAUUCAGGACAUGUAUUGUGUGGCAGCACGAGAUAUCUUCCUCCUGAAUGCUUUAUCAAGAAGAAUAGUAGUGUGAAUAAGAGCCAGUUGCAUGAUAACGCAAAGGGGGAUGUGUGGGCACUUGGAUGCAUACUGAUCAACAUGCUGUUUGCUAAAUGUUGUUGGAAUUCGGCUGAGGAGUCGGAUGAGAUAUACGCAGCAUACACUUCAACAAACGCGCACAUUCUGCAGCAAAACUUUAACUUAUCGCCGACAUUCGACGCCAUACUGCAUAAAGCCUUCCACGUAAACCCACAUGAACGAUACACGUUGACAGAGUUACGUGAUGCUGUAUUGUCGUGUGAGGAAUUCACUGCUGCUACUCCUCUGCCACUUCAACCAAAUACCAGUAAAAGUAAUAGUGUACCUAGAUCACCAAAAUCAAGACGCUCAGCGUCACAACCAAUAUCAUCAACGAAAUCAACCCUUGUACGUGAACUAUCUGGUACGUUUGGAGCUGUAAAUGUAUCAUCUGCUACUAGUAAGGAGAAUAUUAUUAUACCACCGGCUGCUGUGACUACGACGACACAUACCAAGAUUCGGAAGGAGGGUGAUGCGGGGCCAUUUGUGUCGCAGAGAUGGGUGCAGUGUACAUAG